UUAAAUUAAAAAAGGUUCGUUUUAUACAACUUUAUCACUGACAGCUGUUGUAAAUAACAUAUACCGGAAAUUAACUUGUAAUUCAAUUUUAAAUUCAUACGUAUAUGAACAUAUAACGGGUAAUUAUGUCAGGGAAACUAUCAAACGAGAAGAGACCAUGGUAUAUCAGCUGGGACGAAUAUUUCAUGGGAGUAGCUCUUAUAACUGCUCAAAGGAGUAAAGAUCCAGUAACACAGGUUGGCUCUUGUAUAGUGAAUGCCGACAAACGGAUCAUUAGUACUGGGUAUAAUGGUAUGCCAAAUGGAUGUAGUGAUGACACCAUGCCAUGGGGAAAGCACCAACCAGACAAACUCAGAAAUAAACAACUUUACGUUUGUCAUUCAGAAAUGAACGCCAUUUUAAAUAAAAUUUCUUCGGACGUUCGUGGCUGUACUUUAUACGUGACAUUAUUCCCGUGUAACCAGUGUGCCAAAAUUAUUAUACAGACGGGCAUAAAGGAAGUUGUGUAUUAUGACGAUAAACAUCACUAUAAAAUAGAAACAAAAGCUUCAAAACUUAUGUUGGAAACGGCCGGCGUCAAAACUAGGCAAUAUGCACCGUCGCAGCUAAAACUGAGGAUUGGACAUAUAGAAAGCAAACUUUAAUAUGUUUAAAAGUGGAAAUUAAAAGACGAUGUGAUAAUAUUGCAUGUAAAAAGAGAAAAGUGGUUUUCAGACAUUAUUACUUCAGGGAGUUCUGGUGAAUCGUGUAUUAAAACGAGAAAUUUAUUGAGUAAAAAUGUGAGAAAGAUUUCGUAAUAGAACACUAGUAUAGCAGUCCCUGUCAGUACAGUGGUUUCAUUUCUAGACGAACAUAUUUCCGUAAUGUUUCCUUGAUGGAAGUGUAAUAGAAGCUGAGACCAUUCCGUGAUCAUCUUCCGCUUUAACUACGGGCCGCUUACAUUGAUCUAGUUACUCACCCCUUACUCACGUUCACGGGAACUGGUCCAACCCGUGACGUACUUUGAGUCUGAAACCGUCAAGGGAAGUAACUAGAGUCACGGAUUUGGACUACUAGAAGAUGGGAACCAAAUCAUGGGCCGCUUAAACAUUUUUUCAUUAUAUUUAUGUAUAGGUUACAACACACUAAAUAUCUGUUCUUCUUUAUUCUAUAUAAAAUUGACAUAUUUCCAAUGGCCGCAGCACACAUCAGGACCUAUUUUAAAUGUCUGUAACUUAUAUUUCUUGAAGAAUAUUGUCAGUGCUGAAUAAAACUGAAAAGAAAAAUUGGGGUCAUGUUUGAUGCAAGAAAAAUAU